AUGGAGUGGUGGAUAAACCUCGAGUUAAGUAACGUUGAAAAAAGUGAAGCGAAAAAGGAUUUUUAUCAGAAAUACGGAUUUCCAGGCGCAAUUUUAUGUGUAGACGGGACACAUAUUAAAAUCGUUGCUCCAACUAAAGAUAAGUUUCUCUAUUAUAACCGCAAAGGAUACUUUAGUAUCAAUGCCAUGAUUAUAUGUGACAAUAAAAUGAAAAUACGCUAUGUGAAUGCUCAGUUUCCUGGCAGCAAUCACGACUCCCACAUAUGGAAUGUCAGCAAUGCUCGUUAUUUUCAUGAGAAAAAGUACCUCGAUGGUGAACGAAACAGUUGGCUUUUGGGAGAUGCUGGAUAUGCCUUAGAACCAUGGUUAAUGACACCAUUCCGUACCCCUCCCUCAGGAAGCCCAGAAGAGAAAUAUAAUAAAAUACAUGCAAAAGCGAGAAAUAUCGUUGAAAGAACAAUAGGAGUUUUUAAAAAUCGAUUUAGAUGCCUUCUGGGUGCUCGUGAGCUUCACUACGAGCCAUGGAAGGCACCUCAAAUCGUUAAUGUUGCGGCAGUGUUACACAACGUUUGCAUUCACUAUCGCGUGAAUGAUGAAAGUUUAGAAAAUAAUUCGGAACCAAAUAUUUUCACAGAAAGUAAUGAAAUUCUUUCAUCAACUUAUAAUGAUGCAGCUUCACAAAUCAGAGAAGCUAUAUGUGCAACACUUACCCGAGUAUAAUAUCCUAAAUAAAUAUUAACACAAAAUAUUUAUAGUUUCAACUAAGUAGGUAUUUAUUUAAUUAAUUUAAUUA